AUGGAGGCGCGAAGAAGACACGAUCCAAAGAGGUCUCUCCUCACAGCGUUCGCAGCAGCCGACGACGAGUUCGAGCAAGAACACGCAGCGGCCGUUUCGAUGCCACAAGACAUCAACUCGCUCGAAGAUGACAACGAUACCAAAGCUUUCUGCAAGUUCCACGGGAGGACUGGCCACGCCACUGAAAACUGCAAACACCUAAUGAGCAACCUCAUGCGCAUGUACCAUCGAGGAGAAAUCCCGCCAAUGGACGGUGAUAGGUCCCAAGGAAAAAGCUUCCCGCCGAAACCACCAAAAUCUGGGCAGCAGGAGAAGCGCGGACGACAACCCCGUCCGAGGAAGGACGCAGAAAAGGCGGAAGCACCGCUUGGGAAAAGGAAUCGUGAUGACCACGACGACCUACCUCCACCACCGAAGCGACAAGUCAGCAUGAUCAUGGGAGGCUUCCUGGAUAACGACGAUUCCAUAUCGGCGAUCAAGGAAUACGAACGAAAGGCCGUCGCGGCACAACGCUACCCGUAUAUCCAUAAAGGGAUCCCUACCAUCUCCUUCACGGAUAAGGAUGCGAGCGGGCUGGACAUCCCUCACCUUGACCCACUCGUAAUCACUCUACAGAUCCACGACUGUGACGUCGCGAAGGUCCUGGUUGAUACCGGGAGUACGGUGAACCUCAUCUUUCUGGAAACACUGAACCGCAUGGGGUGGAGGAAGGAUCUAUCAAACCUACAUCCCGUCCCCUCACCGGUUUCACCGCCGAGCAUGUUUACAGCUGUGGCACAGUCCGGCUCCCCGUUUAUGUCGGCGGAAUUUCAAAGCUCUUGA